CCUAGGCAAACAUCCGCGUGAAACGGUUCUCCUCCGUUUCCUCACGUCUGCUCCUCUCCGCUCGCUUCGGCCGAGCCACCGCAAACUAAAAGUACAUGUGAGUCUGUGCGUGAGUCUGUGCGUGAGUCUGUGCGGUGAGGCUGUGCGUGAGUCUGGUGCUCAGUGUUCGUGAAGAUCGAGCCGGAAGCUGAGGAGAAGAAACCACUGAGCACACAGGAGGCCACGGUGCCCCCUCAAACACAUACACACAUCAUCAGGGCCUUGAUGGUGAUGCAUGCAAGGAAACCAGCCAGAGUCAGCGAUGGGUGCAACGACCGAAGGGAUUCACAAUCCUACCAGCCCCAUAAAUCCCUGCCAAAGAGCCAGUUCAGCAGCCUUCAGCGCUUCAACAAGGUGCGCGACAGCUCAGCGGAGUCCAUGCCCCCUUACAAGGUGCUGCGGCGGUCAGACGAAAGUCCUGUCAGCAGACACGGCGAGGGAACAGGACACGGCAAGGCCAAAACCUCUCAUACUGCCAGAGGAAAAAAUGGGACCAGUGGAUCUCCUCAGGAGGCCUCUCACAACAACAGCGCUCACCAUGCUGCUGAAUCUCACCCGAGUCAGAGUAAAGCUGCAGACAGGGACCCAGCAGAUGAUUGGACAGAACACAUCAGCUCCUCUGGCAAGAAGUAUUACUACAACUGUAAAACUGAGGUCUCUCAGUGGGAGAAACCCAAGGACCUGCUGGAGAGGGAACAACGACAGAAAGAUUCAGCAAAGAUGGUGGCGAACAGUUUCCCCAAAGACAUGGAUUACAGACAAGAGGCCUUGCAGGACAAAGCCACAGCUAAAACGGCAUUGGUGGACCAAUCCACGUCAUUAAACUGCAGCCAGUCCUCCUCUUCCUCAUCUUCUCAGAGCCUAAACUCUGCUGCUGGGUCAUUAGGUUCUGCUCACGCCAACAUAUCAUCAUCAUCAUCAUCAUCAUCUACAGGACAGGGGGCUCCAGCUGUGCAGUCACCAUCAGCUGCGCUGCUUCAGGACCCUGCCCUCUUUCAUCAGCUCCUCCCAGCUCUACAAGCAACUCUGCAGAUGAACAACGGCAACAUGGACAUGGCUAAGCUCAAUGAAGUCUUGGCAGCUGCUGUCACCCAAGCUUCCUUGCGGUCCGUGCUUCAUAAGCUCCUCGCUGCUGGACCUGCUUUCAACAUCACUGCUCUGCUGUCUGCUGCUCAACACUCCAACCAAGCCCAACACUCAAGUCAGUCCCCGGUUUCUCUGACGACAGAUGCGUCGCCGCCUCGGCCGUAUGUCUCCCCUCGGAAUGGCACACCCCAGAACUCCCAGAAAUCCUUCCUGAGCUUGCACACCAGCAACACUGCCCCUUCUCAAACCAGAGGCAGCACGUCUUCAGGGAAGCAGGGAGCACAGUCUCUGUGUCAGACGACAGAAAAACGGCCAGAAGACCCAAGAACUAUGCAGCAGAGAAGUUCCAGCAGCCAGGAGAUUCUGUGCACAGGAUCAAACACACCUGCCUUGCCCCAUGCAUCAAUCAUUGGCACCAACCAGACACAGUCAGACGUCCCCAGCUCCUUCACUCCCUCCCUGGCAGCUCACUUCGAUGAAAAUCUCACCAGACACAUCCAAGGGUGGCCUUCAGAGAACACUGAGAAACAGGCGGCUCGGCUGCGGGAGGACUUCCACAACAUGGGCAGCUUGUACAUGUCUGAAAUCUGCACAGAGAUGAAAAACCUUCGCUCCCUGGUGAGGGUGUGUGAAAUCCAGGCCACACUGAGGGAGCAGAGAGUCCUGUUCCUGAGGCAGCAGAGCAAAGAGCUGGACAAGCUGAAGAACCAGAACUCCUACAUGGUGUGAGGACCUCAGAAGAAAAGACUUGGACUUUUCAGAUGGAAGCAGAGACAUGGACAGCCAGCUGCUGCCUGCUGAUUUUCUCUACUGUUAAAAAAAGAGACAAGCCUUUGUGUUCUUUCUUCUUUCAUUUUCAGCACAUGAAUUCUUUCCAGUGAAAGGCCAAACUCAUGGUUCACCACGUGCAGACACUUGAACCGAGCAGGCGCAGCAGACCCGAGGCUCCUUCUUGGACCAUGAACCUUGGACCCUGUGUCUCAUGUUGGGUUGUUUCCUGGUGUGUAUUGAUGUGUAGUGGUGAGGACCACCCUCUAAUCGA